AUGCUGGGAAAAGCUAUCGCUAAGAAUUUUCUUAUGGGUGUUAGCUACGUUCUUCGAGACGCUGGGCAAGCCCUUGACCGACUUGGAUCAAAAAUGACUGAUGAUGUUGCCUACUUAGAAAAAUAUUCCCGUCACAGAAAACUGAUGCCAAUUUAUGAGCUUUGGCCAUCAUAUGGAAAUUCCUUCAUAGCUCCAAACGCAUCUCUUGUAGGAGAAGUUCUCGUUGGCAACAACUGUGCAGUUUGGUAUGGCGCUGUAUUAAAAGGUGACAAAUUCGCUGUAAGAAUCCAAGACAAUGUCUUUAUUGGCGAAAACUCUUCAAUUACUACUAUUUAUAACCUGCCUAAAGCAACUCCUAGCUCAGUUACCAUUGCAAGCAACGUUGUGAUUGAAGAAGGCUGCUCACUUAUAUCUUGCAUUGUGGACAGCUUUUCACUUAUAGGCAAAGGAAGCGUGAUUCAAGGAGGAGCAAGAAUUGAAAGAGGAGUCAUUUUAAGACCUGGUACCGUUGUAGGGCCUGGAAACCUAAUUCCAUCAUUUACAAUCUGGGAAGGAAAUCCAGCAAAAUAUGUAAGAGAUGUGACUGAAGCCGAUUUUAAGCUCAUUGAGAAAGCUUUACAAUCUCAAGCCGAAAGUGCAAAGAGGAACUUUGAUUUGCUAUCUUCCUUAGGGCAUAACCUUACAACUAUCAAUACCCCAUAA